AUGGCGAAGCCCCCGGCGGCGGCAGCGGCGGCGGCGUCGGAGGAGCUAAGCCAGGUGCCGGACGAGGAGCUGCUGCGCUGGAGCAAGGAGGAGCUGGCGCGGCGGCUGCGGCGCGCCGAGGGCGAGAAGGUGGGCCUCAUGCUGGAGCACGGCGGCCUGAUGCGCGACGUGAACCGGCGGCUGCAGCAGCACCUGCUGGAGAUCCGCGGCCUCAAGGACGUGAAUCAGCGGCUGCAGGACGACAACCAGGAGCUGCGCGAGCUUUGCUGCUUCCUCGACGACGACCGGCAGAAGGGGCGCAAGCUGGCGCGCGAGUGGCAGCGCUUCGGGCGCCACGCGGCCGGGGCCGUGUGGCACGAGGUGGCCCGUUCGCAGCAGAAGCUGCGCGAGCUCGAGGCGCGCCAGGAGGCCCUGCUGCGCGAAAACCUGGAGCUCAAGGAGCUGGUGCUGCUGCUGGACGAGGAGCGUGCGGCGCUGGCAGGGGGCGCGGGCAGCGCGGGCGGCAGCGGCGGCGGCGGCGCGGGCUCCCGCAGCUCCAUCGACAGCCAGGCCAGCCUGAGCGGGCCGUUGGCGGGCGGCGCGGCGGGCACGGGGGCCCGCGACGUGGGCGACGGCAGCAGCACCUCGAGCGCGGGCAGCGGCGGCAGCCCGGACCACCACCACCACGUUCCGCCUCCGCUGCUGCCCCCAGGGCCGCACAAGGUCCCCGACGGCAAAAUCGUAGCCACACGCAGGUCCCUGGACGACCUGUCGGCGCCACCGCACCACCGAAGUAUCCCCAAUGGCCUGCACGAUCCCUCGUCCACCUACAUCAGACAGCUGGAGACCAAGGUGAAGCUGCUGGAGGGUGACAAGCUCCUCGCACAGCAGGCAGGCUCCGGAGAGUACCGGACGCUCCGGAAAGGCUUUUCCCCGUACCACUCGGAGUCCCAGCUCGCCAGCCUGCCCCCCUCCUACCAGGACACCCUGCAGAACGGCCCACCCUGCCAGGUGCCCGAACUGUCCUCGCCCCCCUCUGCCGGCUACAGCCCUGCAGGACAGAAGCCCGAGGCUGUCGUGCAUGCAAUGAAGGUCCUCGAGGUGCACGAGAGCCUGGACCGGCAGCUCCAGGACAGCUGCGAGGAGGACCUGAGCGAGAAGGAGAAGGCCAUCGUCCGCGAGAUGUGCAACGUGGUCUGGAGGAAACUGGGAGACGCCGCCAGCUCCAAGCCCUCCAUCCGGCAGCACCUGUCUGGGAACCAGUUCAAGGGGCCUUUGUAGGGCCUUUCCUCUGUGGACAGACUGUCCCUGCUCGGGGUCCCCACGGGCAGCGGCAGGACUUCAGCUGAGCCACCGUCUUCUUCUUCUGUGAUGAAUUGUACAUAGGAUGCUGCCCACUGUGGCUUGGCUGCAUGGGUGCGACCCACUGCUGGCCGGCCUCCAUCCCCUCACCUCCCACACCAGCAAACUGGGAAGACGAGGCGCCCGGACAGCCUCCUUCCCGCUCGGCCCGGGCUCA